AUGCAUUUCACCACUGCUUCGCUCAUGGUCGCCGCCCUCGCGGCCACCACCUCGGCUCACAUGAACGUUGCCGACCCCCCUCCGUUGAGGUACAAGGGCAACCCUAACGCCAAGGACAUCGACUACGGUAUCACCUCGCCCAACACCCCGGACACCUUCCCCUGCAAGGGCGCGCUGAGCGUGUUCGACACCGCAGAGGGUGCUCCCGUCGCUACCUGGGCCCCCGGCUCCCAGCAGACCGUCACCCUUGAGGGCGGCGCCGCCCACAACGGUGGCUCGUGCCAGAUUUCUCUGAGCUACGACUCCGGCAGCACUUGGACCGUCAUCUACUCCAAGGAGGGCGACUGCCCCACCGACAAGAGCCUCAAGUUCACCGUGCCCGAGGACACCCCCACGGCCGACAAGGUCCUGAUGGGCUGGACUUGGAUCAACCACACUGGCAACCGCGAGUUCUACAUGAACUGCGCCUCCAUUACCAUCGGUGGCGGCAGCGCCAAGCGCGAGGAGAAGCCCAAGACCUCCAAGCGCGCCGUCUCCUUCAAGUCCCAGCCUGCCAUGUUCGUCGCCAACCUCGAGGGCAAGUCCGAGUUCUGUGUCAAGGAGGGCAUCGACGUCCUGUACCCCGACCCCGGCGCACAGGUCGACAAGGUCACCACCAGCGGUGGUGCUGCCAGCAACUGCCAGACCGGCCAGGACGUCGCUGCCGGCUCCGGAUCGGGAUCGGGAUCGGGAUCGGGAUCAGGCUCCGGCUCAGGUGCUUCGACCACGGCUGCUGCUUCAACGACGGCUGCCCCUUCAAAGACUGCCCCGGCUUCCAGUGCUUCGGCUCCCGGUGGCGUCUUCCUGACUGUCCCUGCCGGUGGUGCUUCAAGCUCUGUCCCCACGCAGGUCCCAAGCACUCUCCAGACGCAAACUUCAUCGGUAGUUGCUAGCAAGCCUUCAAGUGCUCCGGCUAGUGGACCCACUGGAGGUGCUUCAGGUGCGCAGAGCGGACCUUGCAGCCAAGAAGGGGCCUAUUCGUGUUCCGGCAGCAGCUUCCAGCGCUGCGCCUCUGGUCAGUGGUCCGCCGCCAUCCCCUUGGCUGCUGGCACCUCCUGCACUCCUGGUGUUUCCGACACCCUCUCCAUGCAGCGCCGCCAGGUCAGCCGCGUCCGCCGCGCUAUCUAA